AUGGCUUAUAAUAAUUUCAAUUAUAAUAAUCGACAUAAUUCAAUAGGUGGGAAUUGGCAUUUACAAUUAUCAUUACAACAACAACAAGCACAACAAGCACAAGCACAAGCACAAGCACAAGCACAAGCUCAACAAGCACAAAUGUCAUAUCAACAACAAUUGGAAAUGCUAUCACCUGAACAACAACAAUAUUAUAUCCAACAACAGCAAUUGAAACAACAACAGCUACAACAACAAAUACCUGGGUUUAGAAAUCCAUGGUAUUCAAAUCAACAUAUAUCUACUUCCCCAAAUUCACAAUCAUCAUCUCAAUCACCUACAAAAUCUAAUCAAAUUCCACUACUACAACAACAACAACAACCGUCAAUAAAUAAAAGAUUAUCAUUUACAAAUCAAUUACCUACUACAUAUGAAGAUAAUAAUAAUAAUACAAAUAUACCACCAUAUAUUCAUCCACCAACUCGUGCUGAUAAUCCUUUUAAUCAAUAUUUUGCAGAUCAAGAAGUUUCAUUAAACGAUCGUCGAAUGACUUCUGCUUUAGAUGGUACACAUUAUAAUCCAUAUAACAAUCAACAAAAUUAUACGCAAUUACAUAAUGGAUAUCAACAACAACCUACAUUUAACCCCAUGAUACCAUCAAUGUCAAACACUAGAAGAUCUUCAUUAGCUGCCAUUCCAAAUUAUCAAGUUCCAAACGUACCGUAUGCCCAACAACAACAACAACAACAACAAGGUGGUUAUUAUGUAAGUCCAAGAUUAGGUAGAUCACCACUGAUUAUACAAUAUCAACAAUUUCAGCAGAAUCUACAAAAUCAAAAAAUCACAAAAUACCGAAAAGCACCAAAAGCUAGAAAAGUUUAUAAUAAAGUAGAUUUAACUCCCAAAAUUCAUCAACAACCUAAGUAUAGAAGAUGUUCAGUUAAUUCAAUUCAUAUAUCACCAGUUAAUGCAUUAAGUGUAUAUUUAACCGAAUCUUAUUCAUUAUGUCAACCUAAAAAAUUUCAAUAUUCAAAAUCAACCAAUCCUAAAAGAGUAUUGACAAAACCAUCAGAUGCAAAAUUUAAUAAUGGAUUUGAUAAUGAAGAAAGUGAUUAUAUAUUAUAUGUGAAUGAUAUUUUAGGAACUGAAGAAGGAAGAAAAUAUAUGGUUUUGGAUUUAUUAGGAUCUGGUACUUUUGGACAAGUUGUAAAAUGUCAAAAUUUAUCAAAUCAAACUGUUUGUGCUGUAAAGGUGAUUAAAUCAAAACCAGCUUAUAUGAAUCAAUCAUUAACAGAAGUGAGAUUAUUAGAAUUUUUAAAUACAAAUAGUGAUGGUAAAAAUUUUAUAAGGUUGCUUGAUACAUUUAUGCAUAAAGAACAUUUAUGUUUAGUAUUUGAAUUAUUAGCAUCUAAUUUAUAUGAAUUAAUCAAACAAAAUCAAUUCCAAGGAUUAAAUAUGAAAUUGGUAAAAUUAUUGACUAAACAAUUACUUGAUGCAUUAUCACAAUUGAAAAAUUUUCAAAUGAUUCAUUGUGAUUUAAAACCGGAGAAUAUUUUGUUAUGUCAACCUGAUAAACCAAAUAUUAAAGUUAUAGAUUUUGGAUCAGCUUGUUUUACAAGACAAACUAUUUAUACAUAUAUACAAUCUAGAUUUUAUCGAUCACCUGAAGUUAUAUUGGGGCUACCAUACACUGAAUCUAUAGAUAUGUGGUCAUUAGGAUGCAUUGUUGGUGAAUUAUUUUUAGGACUUCCAAUGUUUCCUGGUACUUCAGAAUAUAAUCAAAUUUGGAAAAUUGUAGAUAUGUUGGGACCACCACCAAAACAUAUGAUUGAAGUAGGAAGAAAUUCAUUAAAUUUUUUUAAAAAAUUACCAAAUGAUGAAAAUGGGAAAAGUCAAUAUGAAAUAAAGAAUUUUGAAGAGUAUUUUCAAUUUCUAGAGAAUAAGAAUAAGAAAGAACAACCAAAUAAAAACUAUUUUAAACAGAGGUUAUUAAAAGAUAUAAUUACAAAUUAUAAAAUGCCAACCAAGAAAAUGACUACAUCAAUGAUUGAAAAAGAAUGUCAAGAAAGAUUACUACUAGUUGAUUUUCUUAAAAAGGUUUUAAAUUUAAAUCCAUUAGAAAGGUUAACACCACAAGAAGCAUUAAAACAUCCAUUUAUUAAUGAUGUUAAAACUAUCUAA